AUAUCAUUUUCGCCAACAUUACACAUUUUUACUAUUAAAAUUAAGGUUAGAUUUUCUGUAUUCUCGCCUAACCAGGGUCAUCGCUGACCAGAGUAGAUAAUACAUGGUUACUUGCAUGUGAAAUGCAGCGUAUAAUUAAAUAAAUGUAAAAGUUGUAGCAAAAUGUAACAAAUUUUUAAUUUUGCAAGGGAAGAUAAAUAUCGUAAAGGCCAAAACAAAAAUGGCUACAGAGGAUAAUAUCGUGACGGUCGAGGAUUCGAAGUUCGAUGAUUUCAUUCAGAAAUCAUUUACUGUUAUUAGAAAUGGACUCAAGGCUGCUAAUAGUUUGCCAAAUGCUGAAAACUUUAAUUAUUACACGUGUUUUCCUACAUUUAACGAGAUUCGAAAUAUACAAAUUAAAAAAAUUGUUGAUUCUAUGCAAAAUGUUGUUGAGAAAGCAGGAAUUGCAGGCAAUAUUAAACAAAGAGAUGUGGAAGAAAAAUUUGACCUUUUGCUAGAGUCAAAUGAUAUUUUCUUGGAUCGAGCUGGAGUGUGUAUGGAUGAAGAAGUUGGUAUAAGUAAAAAUCCCAGUGUUGAAUUGAUUGUCACACAAACAAGAACUCCGAGCAACCUCAAUGGAAGUUGGAAUACUUCAUCGUACAUAAAUAAGCAGGCUAAGCCAAGUUCAAGUCCAGUUCAAGCAGUGAGAUUAUUGGCAGGAAAAAAUAUUCAACGACCACAAUUAACUUUCAAAGAUAAAAUAGACAACAGCCACAAACCAUGGCAACCUACUAUCAAAGAAAAGCCAAAUUCUAUAAAGCCUCUAGCUAUUUAUGUUGAAUGUGGAGAAGAAGGAGAAGAAGUAUUUUGUCAUCCUUAUGAAUGCGAACUUGAUAAAUUUACACCUCCAGAAAAGCAGUUACUCAAAAAACCACCUAUCAAAUUUAAACCUGUAGACGAAACACCAUUAAUAAUGAUUGAAAAGGUUCAAGACCUCAAAAUUAUGUUGCAGGACCUAAUGAAGUAUAGUGAACUAGGUGUUGAUUUAGAACAUCAUUCUUAUAGAAGUUAUCAAGGUAUUACUUGUCUUAUGCAAAUUUCAACAAGAGAUACAGAUUAUUUAGUUGACACUUUGUCACUCAGAUCUGAUUUACACAUUCUGAAUGAAGUAUUUACAAAGCCAUCCAUUCUCAAAGUAUUUCAUGGAGCUGAAUCUGACAUUUUAUGGUUGCAAAGAGAUUUGUCACUUUAUAUUGUAAAUAUGUUUGACACCCAUCAAGCUGCAAAGCAUUUGGAGCUACCAUUUUUAAGUUUGGCUUAUCUUCUGAAAACACACUGCCACAUUGAUCCAAACAAGCAUUUUCAAUUAGCUGAUUGGCGAAUAAGACCUCUACCAGAAGAACUCAUGAAAUAUGCACGAGAUGAUACACAUUAUUUGUUGUAUUUGAAAGAUGUUUUGACAAAUCAAUUAAUUGAUGUUGCAAAUGGUCAAACUAAUGUUCUUAAAGCAGUGUAUGGCCGCAGCACAGAUAUAUGUAAAAAAACAUAUAUAAAACCAAUUUGGACUGAGGAUAGUUAUUUAAGCAUGUACAGAAAAAGUCAAAAGAUGUUCAAUAACAGACAAGUGCAUGCUCUAAAAGAAUUGCACAAAUGGAGAGAUGAAACAGCUAGAAUGGAAGAUGAUAGUACAAAUUAUGUUUUACCAAACCAUAUGUUACUUAACAUAGCAGAAACUCUUCCAAGAGAAAUGCAGGGUAUUCUUGCCUGCUGCAAUCCUAUUCCUCCAUUAGUUAGACAAAAUCUUUUGAAAAUUCAUAAAAUGAUACUCAAAGCCAGAGAACAGCCAUUGAUAAAGCCUGUAUUGGAAGAAGAUAUGAGACAAAGGUUGACUCAAAGGAGUCAAGUAUUGAACUCUGAAUCUUGGAUUUUUCAGCCGCACGAUUUACCAAGUGAUAUGGAAGCCAGGGCGAAUCUUCCUUGUUUGCUUAAUUCUAAAGAAUUAAAAAAUAAAGUAGAUCAGCCACGACUGAAACCAUCUAUUUCAGUGUUUGAUUGUUCGUCUUCCGAGGAUGAAAUAGUAGAGAUGCAAGUAAAUAACGUAAAAAAGAAGAAACUUAUAUUUAUAAGUCCUUUUGAAAGAUACAAGAGAGUACAGCCUAUGGUAGCCGAAGAAGAGAAACUAGAAAGAGAAAAACAAGAGAAAGAAGAAGCUGAAAGGUUGAAGCAGUUACAAAAAACUCAAGAAGAAACUUCGGCGAGUAUCAGCAGAGUUCAUGAUCAUUUCCUCAAAGUAGUUCAACAGCCACCAAUAUUGAAUCCUAUUAAAGCCGAACCAACAGAUCCUAUUCAAGAGAGUCGAGAAGAAGAAUUUAUAAUGGCAAGCGAGCCGUCAAAUUCGAAGAUGAACACUUCCCGUAAAAAUAAAAACUCACCUCGACAAAAGAAAAUGCAAACAUUAGGACAGUUGUAUGGAAAGAAAAGGAAACGGCAAUUGAGUCCAGAAGUAACGCGACCAUUCAAGAAAAAUUUUCGUAAAAACAAUUUAGCAGAAGAAAAACAGUUUAAAAGACGUAGGUAAAUGUUACUGAAGAAAUUUUUAUACAAAAAGAUUUAAUAAUAUUUUAUUACCUCUUCCUACUCAAAAAUCUGGACUAGAUAACUAUACUGAGGGUAAUAAAUAUUCGUUUAUUAAGUGUACUUACGAAAUUUAUCAGUGAUCUUUGUGAAGAAUUCAUCUUAUAUUUGUUAUUCAUGAAUUAACUAUAAAGUAUAAAAAUGUACUCUAAUGGAUAUGAUCUACAUAUGUGUAUUUUGUAAAUUUCAUAUGAAGUCUUCUCAUAUCUAAUUAAAGUCAAUUUAUACAUAUUGUGAAAAUGUAAAUUUCUUUGGUUCAAGUUUCAGAAAGUUUGUAAAAAAAGUUAUUUGAGUUUGAAUACUGUAAAAACAAAGUCAACUCUGUAAAUAAAUUUCGUUUUUGACGUAAUGUACAGCAGUCUUCA